CAUUAUAUCAUAUCAUCUAGUCGUUAUCGUCAAAUCUACGCUACAACACCACCCCUCUCGAGCUCGCUGCCAGCACGAGCCGACAUGGCGGCCCCAAUCCAUUAUCUUCCUGCCUCUGCGCGGAUAGUCGACUCAGAGGAUGAAGGCCUCAUGUGCCUUGACCUCCAAGACCAAUCUUCCUACCAAGGCUACAGCUUCGGUGCCAAGAAGAGCAUCGCUGGAGAAUUGGUCUUCCAGACUGGCAUGGUGGGAUACCCAGAGUCGAUAACAGACCCUUCGUAUCGUGGCCAGAUUCUAGUGAUCACUUUUCCUCUUGUUGGAAACUAUGGAGUGCCCUCGAGGGAGACGAUGGACGAACUCCUUCGUGAUCGUCCCGCACAUUUCGAGUCCUCCCAGAUCCAUAUCGCUGGUCUCGUCGUCUCUUCUUACGCCGGCGAGGAGUUCUCACACUAUCUUGCAAAAUCAUCUUUAGGAACAUGGUUAAAGGAACAGGGAGUUCCUGCCAUGUACGGUGUCGAUACGAGAGCCCUAACGGAACGUAUUCGUCAAGAAGGUAGUAUGUUAGGUCGAAUGCUGCUACAAAAGCAGGACUUAACAAAUGGAACUACCAAUGGCGCCAAUGGGACGCUAAGCCAUCAAAUCAAGAAGGACUGGAAGCCUUACUUCGAUUCAAUUGAUUGGGUUAACCCCAAUACUAAGAAUCUUGUAGCAGAAGUCUCUAUCAAACAGCCCCAACUCUAUAAGCCGGACCCCGCCACGGCUUUGAAGCAUCCCUCUGGACGCCCUCUCCGCGUACUUUGCCUGGAUGUUGGCAUGAAAAACAAUCAACUUAGAUGCUUCUUAAAAAGAGGCGUUGAAGUGCUCGUAUGUCCAUGGAACCAUGAUUUUGCCAGUGGCGCCGGGUCCGAGUACGAUGGUCUCUUCAUCUCAAACGGACCCGGUGACCCUGCUGUUAUGCGUGAACCCGUAGCGCAGAUUGCCAAGGCAAUGGAGGCUAACCGAACACCCGUGUUCGGUAUCUGUCUUGGUCAUCAGCUACUUGCUCAGGCUGCUGGCGCUAAAACCGCAAAAAUGAAGUUUGGUAACCGAGGACAUAAUAUUCCUUGCACAAGCAUGGUUACCGGGAAGUGUCAUAUUACUUCCCAGAACCACGGUUUCGCGGUUGACGCGAAGACACUUCCAGAGGAAUGGAAGGAAUUAUUUGUAAACGCCAACGACGGUAGCAACGAGGGAAUUAUGCACGUCAACAAGCCAUACUUCAGCGUGCAGUUCCAUCCGGAGAGUACACCUGGUCCACGCGACACCGAGUUCCUCUUCGACGUUUUUGUCAAUACUGUCGUCGACUGUGCCAAGGACCAGACGCUUCUGAAUGCCCCGGUCAAGUUCCCCGGUGGCACCACCGAAGAGAACGAGCGGUUGCACCCGCGUGUCAAUGUUAAAAAGAUUCUUGUUCUUGGAAGUGGUGGCCUCAGCAUUGGCCAAGCAGGUGAAUUCGAUUACUCUGGAAGUCAAGCUAUCAAAGCUCUAAAGGAAGAGGGUAUUUACACUGUCCUCAUUAACCCUAACAUUGCAACGAUCCAAACCUCCAAGGGUCUCGCCGACAAGGUUUAUUUCCUUCCCGUCACUGCUGAGUUCGUUCGUAAAGUUAUCAUUUACGAGCGACCGGACGCGAUAUAUGUUACCUUCGGAGGUCAGACUGCCCUACAAGUCGGUAUCCAACUCAAGGAUGAGUUCGAAGGGCUUGGCGUCAAGGUGUUGGGUACGCCUAUCGACACCAUCAUUACCACAGAAGAUCGAGAACUCUUCGCUCGCAGUAUGGACUCGAUUGGUGAGAAGUGCGCCAAGUCUGCAUCGGCGAGCAGUGUAGACGAGGCCAUGCGUGUCGUUAAAGACAUCGGUUUCCCUGUCAUCGUCAGAGCUGCCUAUGCACUAGGUGGACUGGGUAGUGGAUUUGCCAACAAUGAAGAUGAGCUCUUAGACCUCUGCAAUAAGGCUUUGGCAGCAAGCCCACAGGUCCUAAUUGAACGAAGUAUGAAGGGCUGGAAAGAAAUAGAAUACGAGGUUGUACGGGAUGCUCAAGAUAACUGCAUCACUGUUUGCAACAUGGAAAAUUUCGAUCCUCUUGGUAUUCAUACAGGCGACUCAAUCGUCGUGGCUCCGUCUCAGACAUUAUCGGAUGAGGACUACAACAUGCUACGAACAACAGCGGUUAACGUUAUUCGCCAUCUAGGUGUGGUUGGCGAGUGUAACAUUCAGUACGCUCUAAACCCGUUCUCAAAGGAAUAUUGCAUCAUCGAAGUCAACGCAAGAUUAUCAAGAUCAUCUGCGUUGGCAUCCAAAGCCACAGGCUAUCCCCUCGCCUUUAUCGCCGCUAAGCUAGGACUUGGUAUUCCACUAAAGGAAAUCAAGAACACAGUCACGAAAGUGACCUGCGCCUGCUUUGAGCCCUCACUAGAUUACGUUGUUGUCAAGAUGCCCCGAUGGGACUUGAAGAAGUUCACCAGGGUGUCCACGCAGCUUGGCUCGUCGAUGAAGAGUGUAGGAGAGGUCAUGAGUAUCGGAAGAACGUUCGAGGAAGCUAUCCAGAAGGCAAUUCGAGCUAUUGACUUCCACAACCUUGGAUUUGGCGAAACCAAAGCACUCAUGUCAAUUGACGAUGAGUUGCAAACUCCAUCCGACCAACGCCUUUUUGCUAUUGCAAACGCCAUGCACACCGGAUACACAGUGGAUAGAAUAUGGGAACUCACAAAGAUUGACAAGUGGUUCCUAUACAAGCUGAUGAACCUCAUCCGAUUUAGUAAGGACAUGGCCACUUACACCACUAGCCAAAUCUCCAGCCGCCCCGACUUGAUUCUCCAGGGCAAACGGCUUGGAUUUAGCGAUCGCCAAUUGGCAAAGUUCUGGGACUCCAAUGAGCUAGCGGUGAGACGCAUGAGGCUGGAGGCCGGAAUAACUCCUUUUGUCAAGCAGAUCGAUACAGUCGCUGCCGAGUUCCCUGCCUAUACCAAUUAUCUCUACCUCACAUAUAACGCUUCGGCACAUGAUAUAGAAUUCAACGAUCAUGGUGUCAUGGUACUUGGAUCUGGCGUUUACCGUAUUGGGUCCUCUGUCGAGUUCGAUUGGUGUUCAGUCAGAGCAAUCCGCACCCUCCGGGAGUCUGGUUUCAAGACCAUCAUGGUGAACUAUAAUCCCGAAACCGUCAGUACCGACUAUGACGAGGCAGAUCGUCUAUAUUUCGAGAAUAUUAACUUGGAAACUGUGCUUGAUAUCUAUCAGAUGGAAUCUGCCAGCGGAGUUCUUGGUGCUAUGGGUGGUCAAACCCCCAACAAUAUCGCAUUGCCCCUGCUACGUUCGGGUGUUAAGGUCCUGGGAACGUCGCCGGAGAUGAUCGACAGAGCUGAGAAUCGUUACAAGUUCUCACGUAUGCUUGACGAAAUCGGAGUCGAUCAGCCAACCUGGAAAGAGCUUACGAGCUUCGAGGAAGCCAGGAGUUUCUGCCGAAAAGUUGAGUAUCCAGUGCUGGUUCGACCUUCGUACGUCCUGUCUGGUGCUGCGAUGAACACUGUAUACUCCGAGGCAGACCUAGAAUUAUACCUGCAACAAGCUGCAGAGGUUUCGCGUGAGCAUCCUGUAGUGAUCACGAAGUACAUUGAGAACGCAAAGGAGAUCGAGAUGGACGCAGUCGCGAAGGACGGAACUGUCGUGGGCCACUUCAUAUCUGAACACGUCGAAAAUGCCGGUGUCCAUUCUGGUGAUGCGACUCUCAUUCUGCCGCCGCAGGAUCUUGAGCCAACGACGAUCCAGCGUAUCGAAGAGGCUACGCGAAAGAUUGGCGCUAAACUAAACGUUACUGGCCCUUUCAAUAUCCAAUUCAUCGCGAAGGACAACGAUAUUAAGGUUAUUGAGUGUAACGUCCGAGCUUCGCGCUCGUUCCCCUUCGUGUCAAAGGUCAUGGGGGUUGACCUUAUUGAGAUGGCAACUAAAGCAAUCAUGGGGGCUCCGUUUACUGAAUAUCCGCCCACCACUCUUCAACCGGAUUGCGUUGGUGUGAAGGUUCCGCAGUUCAGCUUCUCUAGAUUGUCUGGUGCUGAUCCAGUAUUGGGUGUGGAGAUGGCUUCUACCGGAGAGGUUGCUUGUUUCGGCGCGGACAAAUACGAAGCGUACCUUAAGGCCCUGAUGUCAACUGGCUUCAAGAUUCCGAAGAGCAAUAUUCUCUUGUCAAUUGGCUCCUACAAAGAUAAAAAGGAAAUGCUUCCAUCUGUCCAGAAACUGCAGAAGAUGGGAUACAAACUCUUUGCCACUGCAGGUACCGCCGACUUCCUUCAGGAACACGGCAUCCCUGUCCAGUUCCUGGAAGUACUCAGCAACGAGAAAGAUGGCCAGAGAUCGGAGUUCUCGCUCACGCAGCAUCUGGCAAAGAACAUGAUCAAUCUCUACAUAAACCUGCCGUCGAACAACAAGUACCGUCGCCCCGCCAAUUACAUGAGCAAAGGAUACCAGACCCGACGAAUGGCUGUAGACUACCAGAUCCCUCUAGUAACUAACGUGAAGAACGCUAAGAUUUUAAUCGAGGCUAUCGCAAGAUAUUUCGAGUUAGAAAUUAGCAGCCGCGACUACCAGACAAGUCAUCGCACCAUCGUUCUUCCAGGGUUGAUCAACAUUGCUGCUUUCGUGCCUGGAAUCGGUACUCAGGGCAGCAGUGACCUUCAGGCUGUUACAAAAGCUUCAAUCGCCUCUGGCUUCAGUAUGAUACGCGUUAUGCCUAUGGGUAUCGACGCCUCUAUCACUGACGCAAGAACUUUGAAGAUUGCCCAGCAAAGCAACAAAGAAGGAGGCUAUUGUGAUUACAACUUUUCCGUCACAGCCACUUCUGAGAAUGCCGAUCAGAUUAGCCAGGUAACUGGCGAGGUUGGAUCACUCUUCAUCCCGUUCAACCAUCUGUCAGAUAAUAUUAGCAAGGUUGCCGCGGUCACUGCGCACUUCGACUCUUGGCCGACACAUAAACCGAUUUUGACCGAUGCUAAGACUACGGACCUCGCCUCUAUUCUAUUACUUGCCAGUCUUCAUAAUAGGCGUAUCCAUGUCACUAGCGUCACGACUAAGGAGGACAUCCACCUCAUUGCUCUUAGCAAAGAGAAAGGCUUGAGUGUCACUUGCGAUGUAUCGAUUUAUUCGUUGUACUUGUCGCAGAAGGACUUCCCGGAAUGCAAGUGUCUCCCUACACCUGCCGACCAGAAGGCGCUUUGGGACCAUCUCAGCACGAUCGACGUCUUCUCUAUCGGUAGUCUACCAUACCAGCUCGCACACACAUUGAAACCGAGCGCAGACCCUACCGUCGGCAUUGCUGACGCGUUGCCUCUUCUUCUUACCUCUGUCGCAGAAGGCAGAUUAACGCUGGAUGACGUUAAGACGCGACUGUACGACAAUCCGAAGGAGAUCUUCGAGCUCCAUGAGCAGGUCGGAACUUGUGUCGAAAUUGAGAUCGACCGCCCGUAUACUAUACCCAAGACAGCGUCGUGGUCGCCAUUCGCUGGCAAGACCAUGCGUGGUGCGGUGCAAAGGGUUACUUUCAACCAUAAGACUGUGUGCCUUGACGGAGAACUUCUUCCCCUAGCUGCUCUUGGGAAGGAUAUGUCCACUCACCGCAGUAUGCCGACACCCAUAUCUCCACCUCUGCCUCAGCAAAGCUACCCCCUCGAUGCUCUCCGGACGCGACGCUUCUCUAACAUUGGCAAGCCAGCGGGUUUGUCGCGGUUGACCGACGGUGAGACAGACGACCAGCGACCCGUGUCGAGACAUCUGCCAGCUGCAGAAGAAUUCGCUUUGCCAGGACCCGCGCGAGCACCGUUUGUCAAUUCUCUGCAUGACCUUCUUAUGCAACCAUCGGCCUUCAAAAACUCGCAUGUGCUCUCCGUAAAGCAAUACACGCGAUCUGAUCUCCAUCUCUUAUUCACUGUGGCUCAGGAGAUGCGCCUCGGUGUUGACAGAGAAGGUGUUCUUAAUGUCCUGCGCGGCCGAGUCCUUUGCACUAUGUUCUACGAACCGUCAACCCGAACCUCGGCCUCUUUCGAUGCAGCGAUGCAACGCCUUGGAGGUAGGACGAUCCCUAUCACUACGACCCAUUCGUCGGUACAGAAGGGAGAGACGCUCCAAGACACGCUCAGGACGCUUGAGUGCUACGGCGAUGCAAUCGUUCUGCGCCACCCAGACGAGGCGUCGGUAGAUAUUGCGAAGAAGUACAGCAAUGUCCCCAUCAUUAACGGUGGGAAUGGAAGCAAGGAGCACCCCACACAGGCCUUCCUUGAUCUCUUCACGAUCCGCGAGGAGCUGGGUACUGUGAAAGGCUUGACCAUUACCUUUGUGGGUGAUCUUCUCUACGGACGACCAGUGCACUCGUUAGUAUAUCUAUUGCGGCACUACCAGGUCCAAGUUCAGUUGGUUUCACCGAAGUCGCUAGCUUUGCCAGCGGAGGUUCACAACCUGCUGAAGGAAUCUGGACAGUUGCUUUGCGAAUCUGAGGAGCUUACCCCGGAGAUUCUGUCGAGGAGUGACGUGUUGUACUGCACCAGGGUACAAAAGGAGCGCUUCCCAAGCAUCGAGGAGUACGAGAAGGUUAAGAAUUCAUACCGGAUCGAUAACGCGACGCUUAAAUACGCGAAGCAGACUACUCGUGUGCUCCACCCGCUGCCUCGGAAUGAAGAAGUUGCGGAGGAGGUUGACUACGAUCACCGGGCGGCAUAUUUCAGACAGAUGAGGUACGGUCUUUACUGCCGAAUGGCCCUGUUGGCCUUGGUUAUGUCCGGUUGAGAGCGGAUAUUUCCGCGUAUCGGCCUUUUUCGCAUUCUUAGACGAUCCUUUCUUUAUAUACCAACGAAAUGUUAGGGUAUAUAAAUCUAGGAGUUCAAAAGUUAGAUAGCUACUUGGUAACCAAUUUUUUUCGUAAGGGUUCACCAAAGUUCACCCGCCAUAUA